GGGGGCGGAGAUGAGCGGUGUCCCUCCACCUCCUCCAAUGGAAAUGAGGCAGAGGCGGGCCCAGUGGCGAGAGGACCAUGGCGUGGACACAGCUGAAAAAGCGGGCCCAGGAUGCCUUGGUCAUCCUGGGGGGUGGAGGACUGCUCUUCGCCUCUUACCUGACGGCCACGGGGGAUGAGCAUUUCUACGCUGAACACUUGAUGCCGACUCUGCAGGGGCUGCUGGACCCCGAGUCAGCCCACAGGCUGGCUGUUCGUGUCACCUCCCUGGGGCUCCUUCCUCGUGUCACAUUUCAAGACUCCGACAUGCUGGAAGUGCGAGUCCUGGGCCAUAAAUUCCGAAAUCCAGUAGGAAUUGCCGCAGGAUUUGACAAGCAUGGGGAGGCUGUGGACGGACUGUACAAGAUGGGCUUUGGUUUUGUUGAGAUAGGCAGCGUCACCCCAAAACCUCAGGAAGGAAACCCCAGGCCGCGAGUCUUCCGCCUCCCCGAGGACCAAGCCGUCAUUAACAGAUACGGAUUUAACAGUCACGGGCUCUCGGUGGUGGAACACAGGUUACGGGCCAGACAGCAGACGCAGGCCAGACUCACAGAAGGUGGGCUGCCACUGGGAAUAAACCUGGGGAAGAAUAAGACCUCGGUGGAUGCUGCCUCGGACUACGCAGAGGGGGUUCGAGUCCUGGGCCCCUUGGCUGACUACCUGGUAGUGAACGUGUCCAGUCCCAACACUGCAGGGCUGCGGAGCCUUCAGGGAAAGGAUGAGCUGCGCCACCUGCUGACCAAGGUGCUGCAGGAGAGGGAUGCCCUGAAGGGAGCGCACAAGCCGGCCCUGCUGGUGAAGAUCGCACCCGACCUCACGGCCCAGGACAAGGAGGACAUUGCCGGGGUGGUGAGAGAGUUGGGCAUCGAUGGGCUGAUUGUGACGAACACCACAGUGAGUCGCCCUGCCAGCCUUCAGGGUGCCCUUCGCUCCGAAACAGGAGGGCUGAGUGGGAAGCCCCUCCGGGACUUAUCGACGCAAACCAUCCGGGAGAUGUACGCACUCACCCAAGGCAGAGUUCCCAUCAUCGGGGUUGGCGGUGUGAGCAGCGGGCAGGACGCACUGGACAAGAUCCAGGCGGGGGCCUGCCUGGUGCAGCUGUACACGGCCCUCACCUACUGGGGGCCACCUGUGGUGGGCAGAGUCAAGCGGGAGCUGGAGGCCCUUUUGAAGGAGCAGGGUUUUCCCAGCGUCACAGACGCCAUUGGAGCAGACCAUCGGAGGUGAGGACACUGUUGGUGGGAAGCCCGGUCCAGACGCUUCUUCCCACUAAGUCAGGCGAGCCUGUGGCUGGAUUGAGAGGGAGGACUGUCUCAGGCCACAUCCGCAAACCACAGGGGCCCCUUCUGUGAGGCCAGGAGGACUGUGAAAGCCACUUGCGAGGGUCCCAGAAUCAACACAAAGCUUUCUUCAGUCACCUGCCAGGAGGAACUGCAUCCGGGACCUUUUCCAGACUCAGGUCCCAGGAUCCUUUCAUAUCCUGAGGACAUGAGAUAUUUGGGGGCCGGGGGCUCAUGGAAAAAAUAAAGCAAUUUAAAACCUG